AUGCUUUCGUACCAUCAAGAGGAGGCCUCCAUUAUUGGAUUUUCUGCUAAUCAUAUUGAUUUGCUUACUAAAGUUGAUGGCAUGGAUCAAUGGCAUUUGACUGGCUUCUAUGGUGAACCUAAUCGGUUGGAAAGACAAAAAUCUUGGGAUUUGAUUCGUUCGUUUGGUGCAAUAUCUUUGGUUUCGUGGUGCAUCCUUGGAGAUUUUAACAAUGUCUUGAGUAAUGAUGAUAAGAGAGGAGAAAUACUCUAUCCUAACUGGUUACUUGAGAGCUUUCAACAGGUUAUUUUUUACUUUGAGUUGGUGGAUUUGGAUCUCAAAGGCUGCCCUUUCACUUGGGAGCGUGGGAAUGGCACUAAGAAUUGGAUUGAAGUUCGUCUUGGUCAUGCUUUUGUUUCUCUUGCAUGGUUGUCUCUGUUUCAAGAAGUUCAACUAUCUAACCCCGCCUACUCUUCUUCAGACCACUGUCCAAUCCUCGUUGAACACACACGUAGACCUUUCGAUCAUGUCACUCACUCCUUUAGAUUCGAAAAUGCUUGGCUGAGGGGGCCUCUUUGUGGUCAGAUUAUUAGUAGUGUGUGGGAUGCUUUUGCUGACAAGAAUUCGAAUGGAAAAUUGAAGAAACGCAAGGAGACUAUUAGCAAGCUAAAAAAUAGGUGUGAUGCAGAUUCCAUUCAGCGUUAUAAAGCCAUAGAGAAUAAGUUUAUGGAGACCCUCUAUCAAAAGGAAAUAUUUUGGCGUCAAAGAUCCAAACAACUAUGGCUCAAGGCUGGUGAUCUUAAUAGCAAAUACUUCCAUGCCACUGCCUCAGCUCGCAAACAACAGAAUAAUAUUAAAAAAAUUGCAAAAGGAUGA